UCACAGCCAAUGAGAGGGAUAUGAGUGGAGUGGAGGACGCGUACAACGCAACAAACGGGGCAUAAAGAACACAUGCAAAACUCCAAAACCUCUCUCUGUUUUCGCUUUUCUUUCUUUCACCGAUUCGAAUUUCAUCUACAGUUAUCCUUCUCUCUCUCAAAUUAGGGUUUAUGCUCUUCUUUUGGUCACUUUGGGACUAAAAUUCGAUCGAUGCUCUUGCUGUUAUCACCGACCGAAAGCUAUGCAAUGAAGCGGGUACCAUCGACUGAAUUACUGAAAUAGUUGCAGGGAAUGGGAGGUUGUUGUUGUUCUUCCAGGAAACCUCAUCUUCAUGGAGCACCUGUAUAUUACUAUUGUCCACCAGCUUUGGAAGAGCGUGAAUCCUUAACAUCUCACAAUGGUGCAGCCUCUGCAUUCGCUGCAGGUCUCCUAGCUGAACUGAAUCUGAAUACAUCAACUCCUGAUACUUUCCGGUCUCCUCCUGCGCCUUUGCCGUAUGAUGUGGUUUUGGGAGGUCCACGAUCAUCAGAUUCUGAAUCUGUUAGAGAAACAAUUAGUGGCGGUAGUUUUGAAACUUUAGCAACAUGUGAGGAUCUUGAGGAACCGGAUUGCAAGACUCUAGCAAGUUCUUUUCCCGUCUCACCAAAGAAGCCAGAAAUAUCAAAAUUAAAUGAAGCUAUCAUUUCAGCAACAGAGGAAGAGGAUGCUUGUCCCAUCUGUCUUGAAGAGUAUGACACGCCGAAUCCAAGAUUUUUGACCAAAUGUGAACAUCAUUUUCACCUGUCAUGCAUUCUGGAGUGGAUGGAAAGGAGUGACACCUGCCCCAUUUGUGAUCAGGAAAUGGUAUUUGACCAUAACUUCAAUUAGUAGCUCUUUUAUGAUUUACAAGAAGCAAAUCAUUUGCUGUUUCAAUUGAAAGUUUGCCAACUUAGUGGGCUACUGUCCCAUGUCAGUGUUGUCUCACAACUGGUCAGUAGAGUUCCCACGGGGACUGUUUUAAGUUUGGUCUUGGUUGGUUUGAAAAGUUCAAAAUAUCAUAGUUUUAUGUGAUUACUUCUGGGAAGGUUAAAAGAAAAGGAAUGGAUUUUUAUCGCAACAUGGAAACAAGUUGCCUCUUCAUACCCCUUUGUUAAUAUCUUGGUGGAUAGUUUUCAAAUAGGCCUGCAGAGUGCAGGUAGCCACAUUGUUAUGAAGCGCUCAGGAAAAACAACCUGAGAGGAAGUUUAACACAAACAAAGGUAUGUAACAAAGAUAAAGCAAAUGUUCAUUUCUGCCUUCCAUGUUGUGUUAAUGAACUGCGCUCCCUUUCUCUUGUAUUUGCUUGUUGUAAGCUGCUUAAAUUUGGAUUUUUUUUUUCAGUCACAGUCUUUGUAAAUUAAAUCUGUUAGAAGUCAAUGGAUUCGGAAUUGGGAACCCAAUUAUUGUAUGGAAAGUGUAAUGAUCAAUGAAAAGGUAUACACUGUUUAUAUGCAUUCAAA